GCGGGGGCCGGCAGGGAGGAUGCAGCCCGACCUCCCCGUCGGCGACGCGGCGCUGCGCAGCCCACCGGCUCCUGAGCCGGCCGGCGGUGCCUUCCCCAGCGCUGAGGCCACCAAGCCACCCUACAGCUACAUCGCCCUCAUCACCAUGGCCAUCCAGAGCGCGCCCGAGCAGCGCAUCACCCUCAGCGGCAUCUACCGCUACAUCAUGGGCCGCUUCACCUUCUACCGCGAGAACAAGCAGGGCUGGCAGAACAGCAUCCGCCACAAUCUCUCCCUCAACGAGUGCUUCGUCAAGGUGCCCCGUGACGACAAGAAGCCGGGAAAGGGCAACUACUGGACCCUCGACCCCGACUGCUACAACAUGUUUGAGAAUGGCAGCUUCUUGCGGCGCCGCCGACGCUUCACCAGGAAGAAGGGUCUUCGGGAUGCACCAGGCACUGAGGGAGACGAGGGGCGCGGGAAGACCCCCAGGCAGCAGGGGCAAGGGCUGCCCGCUGCUCCGCUGCUGGACGAGGGGAAGGCAGAGGGGGGCUACAGCUCGCCGUCGGCCACAGGACGCCUGCCGAGCCCUGCCGCUCUCUCUGAGGGUGCUGGUGUGCCGGGCUGCACCGAGCCCUGGGCCCGGCGUCAGCCACCCAAGGCCAGGCAGCCCUGCCUGUACCUGCCGGACAUGGCACAGCCCAAGGGGCCGUUCUUCACGCCCCCCGAGAGCCGCCCGCCCAAGGAGACUGUCUUCGGGGGGCUCCCGGCGGCGCUGCAGCUGCCCCGGCCAGGUCAGUACCCAUUGCCCAGCGAGCGCCCGGCCCAGCACCAGCACCCUGCCCUGCUGCCUGCCCUGCUGCCCACCCAGCACAGGGACCCCCCGCAGGACUCACCGGCCACCCCAGACACCCCCCCAGAGCAGCGGGAGGGCAAGGAGCUGGCUGCCCCUGCGCUGGGGCCGUGUCAGCCAUUCGGGCAGGUGCCACCUGCAUUCCCUGGCAACCUCCUGGGCACGGGCAAGCCCCCCCCAUCCUGCUUCCUGGAGGGAGAGGGCUGCACGCAGCCCCACCUGCCCGUGUUCGGCUCCUUCAGCCGGCCGGGCCCCGAGGCGCUGGGCAGCAGCUAUCAGUGCCGGGUGCAGGCGCUCAGCUUCUGCGUGAAGGAGCGGCCCUGCAGCACAGCGCUGGAGCAUCUCCUGGCUGCAGCCCCCCCGGCCUCCACCACCCCCUGCCAGCCACCCUUCGGGGCCAUGGGGCCACGGGCAGGUGAGCAGAAGGAGCCAUGGGGGCCGGGGACCACGAUCCCACUGCAGGGGGGUAAUGGCUACCACCUGGGGCUGCCCCCCUGCCUCUACCGGACACCCGGCAUGUUCUUCUUUGAGUGAGGGACUCCCCACCCCGGGACAACCCAGCACCUAAUAAAGCACA